GAUAUUAAUUUUUGUUGGAAUUCGGUUAUACAUAACAUGGAAAAUGUUCUAAAAAUAAUAUUUCUACAAGUGAUUUGAUAAAAGGUUUGCUCAAAAAAUAUUCCGCAAGUAUUUAUUGACCUGAAUAUGAUUUAUUUAUUCAAUGUACGUAAAUUAUCACAAGUUUCAACAUGUUUAAUAAUGAACAUUGUCAAAUGAUAAUUAGAAAUGACAACUGUCUACCUAAAUUGGAAUCUGUUUAUGGUCGAAAUUGUAUAAGUCAAUGUAAUUGUUCUUUUGGUGCACAAACAGCAACAUUUAAUAGUAUGAAUACAGAGUUGAUCAAUUCUGGAAGUUUGCAAAAUGAUAGUACUACUAUGCUAAGUAAUACUAUCGUAGAAAAUUCUAAUUCAAAUAUAUGCAUUAUUCCAGCUAAUAAUUUAAGAAAUUCAGAAUUUCCACAAACGUUGAAUACCUACCAUCAUCAACAUCAAAAUAUUGCUCAAACAUUCAACUUAUCUACAAAUUCUGUUCAAGAUCUUCAUAUACCAGCGGUUUCACAAUCUAUUUUUCCAUCUUCUAUCCCAACAGUUAUAGCAGCAGCGGCGGCGGCAGCUGGGGUAAAUUCUGCUAGUGUACCCCUUUCUUCAUUGUUGUUUCAUCCCCAAGGACCUUACAUGUUGCCGAAUCCUUCUUCAACUAAUCUACCUACCGCUCAUCUACAAUCUGUUAAUCCUCAGGUAUCGAAUAUACCUUUAAAUAAUGACUACAAAGCUAUUUCGCCGUCGAAUGUGCUAGAAGCAACAACAACAACACACAAUCCAUUGCCUCUUAUAACUAGUAGUAUUGAUGGGACAAUAACAAAUCCUAUUAAAACUCCUUCGAAUUCUCAAUCGACUGGUACAAAUAAAUUAUUGAAUGAAAAUGGUAACUAUUAUGUAAUGGUUCAUGUCGAUGCUGGAGAAACAUUCUCAGUUCGCGUAGGUGACCAGAUUCAACACAUACCUGGUCCAGCCACAGUUAGAAUGGUUUCCAAUAGUGGUCCACCUUUACCUAUGCCUAUGCAAGUUCCUCCUGGUCAUUUGGUUCAACAAAUUGUUGAUGAAGAAGGAAUUCUUACUCAUGUCAUUCUAUCACCUUAUCCUACUCAUCCAUCAUUGUCAAUGGUUCCGACUGGUGUUCCGUUGUCACUUAGUCAAACAAACGAUGUUUCAACAACUGGUACAAAUUUAAUUUUAAAUCCUAAUCAGCAUUUACAACCUCAUCACCAACAUCAUCAUUUUCAUCCUAUAUUACCAUCUACAGGUCUACCAAACAAUGAAAGUUUAAUCCAUAUGAAUCCAUAUGCACAACAUCCUCAUUCGAUACAUUCUUUCCCUCAUUCUCUUCCUACGCAUCCACCACCAUUUAUUCAUCCACAUUUUCAGCAUUUUCAUCAACAAUUUCAUCUACAUUCAACACAUCCACAUGUAUGUGUUAAUGAAGUCGGCAAUGAUGGUUCUAUUUCAACGAAAUAUUCAAUUACUCCUGAAGUUAUAGAUGAAAUAAAUCAUUGUGAUGUGUCAACAUGUAAUUCACCGUGUUUAACUAUCAACAAAUCAUCCGAUUCUUCGUUUAAUGAUAAUAAUAAUAAUAGUAAUAAUUUUAACUUGAAACAAAAUGUAAUCAAAGAAAUUUCAGAUUCAACUACAAUGAACUAUAAUAAUAAUAAUACUAGUAAUAAUAAUGCUGAUCAUCCCAUCGAUACACGCUGUGAUCGUGUUGAUACACUGGGUGACCUACAUCCAAUUAUUAGUGGUUGUUGUGGUAUGAUUGCCAGUGACUUAGAUAAAAUGUCAUUUUUGAAUAAUAUUGGUAAUAAUAAUAAUAAUAAUAAUAAUAACAAUAAAAGUCGAAAAACUUGUAGUCCAGAUUCACUUCCAAUGAUUGACUCCUCAUCAAACAAUGAAGUAAAAAUGGUUAAAUCUUCCGAAUGUAUCAAUGAUCCAAUAGAUCACUCGAAAACUGUCACAGACAUUAGACAAAAUGCAAUGAAUAAUACUAACAGUUCAAAGAAACUAUCAUCAAUAAAAUGUAGUCAUAAUUAUACUGUUCCUCACAGUAAUAAUAACAGUACUAUAAGAACUAUUGAUAAACAUGUUACUCAAACUACGAAUUCUACUGAUGAUGAUGAUGUCGUAAUCUCUUCUACACGUGAUGAUGAUCCAUAUGAAAACAAUGAAGACGAUAAUGAUGACCAAGAUGCAGAGAAUGAUGAUGGUAGUAUAAAUUGUAAAACAGUUGGAUCCUGUAAAACAUCUUUUAUAACUGCCAACUGUACAAAUCUAACUGACGUUAAUAAUUUUGAAAGUAGAUCUCACAUUUCAAUGAAAGAUAAGCAUUUUAUAGAUGGCAAUAUGAGUUCUGAUUGUUGUACACAUACCACACUUACUACAUCUACUACUGCUGCCUACACUAACACUGAUUCCAUUGUUUACACUGCAAAUUCUCACAUCACUAAUACUACAUUUGCUUCAGAUAGUAAUGGGCGUGCAACAACAUCAUCAAGUUUAAACGCCUUCUCUCCCCAUUUUUCUUAUCCUCAAGCCACAUUUCCAUUUCAUCGAAGGAGACGUGGUGGAGGUAUCAGUGGCGGCGGCGUUAUUGGUGUUAAUGUUGCUGGCGGAGGUAAUAAAAGUUACAGUGGUUUUCGACCACAUCGUUCAGCUGGCUUCGGUUUCAAUAAAUACUCUCAAAAUUCGGCUCGGAAUCAACCAUCUACAACUGGAUCGUCGAAAUCACAUUCAGAACAUUAUUCUCAAUAUCAACAACACAAUUGUAGCUUACAGAAUGGUAGUAGUCAUAUAAAUCAUUACCAUCAAUCUCAUCAUUCAUCAUCAAUUUAUCAACCCCAUUCACAUUAUCAUCAGUGUCAUCGUGCUCCAGUUGUAGCACAAGAUGUAGAUAUAGAUUCUGAGAUAGAAAUUGAAAAUAAACCAACUGGAGACACAUCAGUUUGUUCUCCCCUUCCAAUCAAUGUAUUAUUACCGACAGUACAAACACCUACUGAUUAUUGUUCACCGUCGAAUUGUCUAUUAAAUUCACAAUGUUACAGUCAUCAUCAUCUUCAGCAACAACAGCUGGAACAACCUAUGGACUCUUAUGAUGUUUAUUUAAGUAAUAGUAAUAAUAAUGUUAAUACAAAUGGACCUGGGGCAAAUGAAAAUGAUACAGAGACUAAUACCAAUGGACAUCAUGCUGAUUACAAUCUGAAUAACGAAUGGAAUACUCAAGAGAAGAUUAUUCAUAAUAUAAUAUCGGAUAUACUGUCACCACAAAUCAGUGAAGUUAAAUGCGAUAGUGCAUUAAUUCAAUUGACAUUUCCACAAAAUUUAAUUCUUUCAUCUGUUGCUGAUGUUGAAUCGUCAUCAGCAUCAUCGCCGGCAACAAGCACAUCAAUCACAACAAUAACAACAAGUACGAAUUACAUCCCUACCAAUCCAUCCAUAUUAACAACCAAUACUACAACUGCUACCACUAAUAAUUCUACUGCUACAAUUUUGUCCGUUGGUUCUUGCCAAUCAUUGCAAUCAUUAUUGUCAGAAAGCAGUAAUAAUAAUAAUAAUAAUGGCAAAUUGUUUAAAGUUGCCAGUUCUCCAUCAAAAAAUCAUCUACGCGAUAAAUGUAAACCAUCGUCAACAACCAUAAAGGGGGAUAAUUGUAAAUCCGAUUUAAUACAUUCAAACAUUAAUUAUGAUAAUAUUGUUAAUGAUAACGUUCACGAGUUGGAUGAUAGUACUAAUAAUAUUUCAACAAUAAUAAAAACUGCAACUACUACUUCUUCUAACAAUGAUAUUAGUAAUAAUGAUGACAGUCAACGUUAUCAAAUAACAAUAGAUUUGGAUACAUUACGAUUUGAAUUAUAUUUAGCUGAAAAAGGCAAUACAAUAAACUUUAAAUGUGUUUUCAUCGGUGAAGCUACUUACAUAUCACUGCAAGACCUUCGUCCUGGGACAAAUUACUACGUAAAGUUUCUUUAUAACUCAUUAUUGACCUUUAAUGUAUUAGGAGUAUGUUGUAACUACUCUGGAAUUCGUGGUGAAUUUAGUCCGAUUGCACACUUCAUGACCUUGCCAUCUAAGCCGAAUCCUCCGCGAACUAUACAAAUAAUAUGUCAAACACGUAAUUCCCUGCAUAUUAAAUGGGGACCCGGCAUAGAUAAUGGAUCACGCAUUACAUCAUACAAGUUAGAAUAUGCUCAAGUGCUUACAAAUUCAUCCGAAUUAGGUUUAGACAAAAAUCCGGAUCCAGAAUUUUUUGAACCAAUUCAAGUGUUUGGUAGAUCGUAUAAAAUAAAUCAACUGUCUCCAUCUACGGAAUAUUUAAUUCGUGUUGCAGCAAUAAAUCAAUAUGGACAAAGCUCCUGGAGUCCAAUACUCUCCGCCUCUACAUCUGGUAGUCCUCCAGAGAUGCCUUUACCACCAUUCCUAAUUCAAGCUGAUGUUCAUUCCUUAACAUUAGGUUGGCGUCCACCAACUAAUCCCGAUCAAUAUCAGUAUCAUCUUCAUCACCAUCAUAAUCAAAGUAAUAUUUGUGAUCAUAUGAAUUCAUCAAAUUAUGGCAAUCACUUAAGUCCAAUUACAUAUACAUUAGAAAUGGAUGAUCAAACUAUGGGACAUGGAUUUAUCACUGUUUUUGACGGUUCUGGUACAGAACAUUGUGUUGAUAAUUUACGUCGUAAUACACGUUAUCGAUUUCGUUUAGCUGCAUCAAAUAUUGAUGGCCGAAGUCGUUGGAGUGAAACAAUAACACUGGCCACUUUACCUGAUCAUCCAUCUCCACCAAGAAACUUACGGAUUUACGGUUCAUUUAUACAACCAACUCGAUUAGCUUUAACAUGGGAUCCACCAGAAGAUGAUGGUGGAAUUCCCAUUCAAGCUUAUCGAUUAGAAGCUCUCUUACCUUAUAGUAAUAGUGGUAAUUCCACCCUACCAAAUGGAACACUAACCAACGGUUCCCAUACAAAAUUAAAUGAUCUCAAUAAUUCAGUAGUCAAUUGUUCUCUAGAGAAAAUCGAUGAUCAAAUUGAUGUUAUUCAAAAAUUAACAUGUUGGCCUCAUGUUACACCGUUAAAAUCUGGUUCGUCUAUAUUAUCAUCAAUUAAUUCAUCAUUAUCAGCAAUAAAAUCGACAUCAGUUAGUACUGCUACUCCUAAUUCUACAACAGUUAUUACUACUACCACUAAUCCUGCUUCUACGACUACUUCUACAAAUGAUAAUUACGUAAUAAACAGUUCAGAUAUUACCUAUCAUCCUCCAUUGAAUUCAUUUAAUCAAAAGAUUUCUAGCAGAACAACUGUAGAUAUGAAUAAUAGUAAUGAAAACACAGACAUAGAUCAUAAUCAAAUGCCGAACUCAAUAACAUUGAACAAUAAUUCAACUGUCAGUCAGUCUACUGAUUAUGAUGUUGAAUUAAUUUAUCCACAAACUGCAUGGUUUAUUAUUUAUGAAGGUGCUGAAAAAGAAUUACUUAUUGACAAUUUACUACCAGGACUGUAUUUACAAUUACGUGUACGUGCAUGUUGUUCAUUAGCAAAUAAUCAUAAUAUGAAUCCAUCAUGUUCAUCUUUCUCAUCAUCCUCGUCAUCUUCAUCGUCAUCAUCAUCUUCAAUGUUAUCUGGAAUAAUAUCUACACUGAAUUUAAAUCAAUGUUCAGCGGAUGAAAUGAUUACCUCUAUAAAUGUUGGAACUAAUGUCACUAAUGUAAAUACUACUAAUACCGUUAUUACUAAUAGUAAUAAUGAAUUAUGGGGUUUAGCAAAUUAUCCACCAUUAAAAAUUCGUAUGCCACCAAUUCCACCUUCCGCACCAUGUUCUGGUCCACGUGUUGUCGGUAAACCGAAGCCAACUUCAUUGCAUUUAUGUUGGUCUCCACCAAAGCAAACUGGUGGUGCGCCAAUAUUAGCCUACGAAGUUUGGCAGUUGACUUUGGAAUCUACAUGUUGGAUUGAUGAAGUAUCUGAAGACAAUGAUGAUAUCGAUUUAUCAAUGCAUAGACUAUGCUCAUCAACACCAAUAUCUUCAUUAGAACUAUCCGUUCUACGUUCAUCAUGUCAUAAUUUAGAAUGUGAUUUCAACCAUAGAUUUAUGCCGAAUAGUUGUCAAUCACGUCAUCGUCAAUUUAUUCUGCAUAAAUCUUACACAGAUCCAUCACUAAAUAUGAAAUCAUACUCAGUGAAUAAUACUACUACUAAUAAUAAUGAUGACAAUUCAGUAAAAAUACAAUCUUCAUUUAAUGAUUCAUCGAAUAUUACACUUGGUCGAUUUGUAUGUUCUGUACGUGAAACGGAAUGUCGAUUAUUUGGUCUGACACCUGGACAAAAUUAUGCUUUCCGUGUACGUGCACGUAAUCGUGCAGGUGAAGGACUAUGGACUGAAUGGAUUUCCUUAUCAACUCCACCAAGUCUACCAGGUGUACCGACUAGUUCACCAAGAUUAUUACCUAAAUCCCCAUAUGUAAUACAGAUUGCUUGGGAUCCAGUAACUUGUAUUAAUGGAGCUAAAAUAUAUGAAUAUCGACUUGAAUGUCGUCAGUAUCAAUCAUUGAAUUCAAUGGAUUAUUAUGAUAUUUCAUCAUAUACAAUAAACAUCCCAUCUGAAAAGAAAUCGACAGUAAAUUCUUUGGAAAAUUCAUCAGGAUUAGAUUCUUUCGAGCAAAUGGAAAAUGACUCAUUUUUUCAACUGAUUUAUGCUGGUUCAAAGUUAUCAUUUGAAAUGACAGGUUUGCAACCAGCUAGUUUGUUUGCAUUCCGCUUUUGUGCUGUAAAUUCAGCUGGGGCCGGACCAUGGAGCCCUAUAGCUAAGUGUUGGACACCAUCUGCCCCACCUGAUCAGCCUCAUGGUUUAUGUAUUCGUGAAUUAAAUUCGGAAUCAGUUUUGCUUCUCUGGGUUAUACCUCACUGUAAUGGAAGUCCUAUUACAAAUUUUAUGAUAGAAGUUACCCGAAUUAAUAAUCAUCAUAAAUCUACGUCUAAAUCUCGUAUAAAUUCGUCAAAUGUGAAAUUCAUUCAAAUACCUGCACCAUAUCUUAUGGAUCAUAAAAAACAUCCAAUGAAUUCCAGUACUAAACUGCCAAUCAUUUCAGUGACACCUGAUACUUCAAAUUCAGUUCAACAACAAUUACAAAAUAAAAUGAUGCAAUAUUGUUUAAAUAAGUUGAAACCUUCGACAAGUUACAUAUUACGCAUCCAAGCUGUGAAUAAAUUUGGUCCAAGUGAAUAUUCAGCCAAUAUUGAAUUUACUACACUUGCUCCAUUGCCUAAAGCUCCAGUUUUUAGUCAUUAUACAAAUUUAACAUCAAAUAGUGUUCGAUUAGAAUGGAAUAUGUUAAUCAAUGAGAUGCUCAAUUCUGAUACCGAUGAUAUGGAUAAUGUUGAUGGUGACGCUGACACCAUUGGUGACGAUACUUCGAGUGAUAAUUGCAUCAACGAUGAGAGAGAAGAAAAGAUUCAUAGUGACGAGGCAAAGGAAGUAAAUAAUGAAAAUGGCACUAAUAUCAAGUCAAACUCUUCUUCUCGUUUAUCGAAUCCACUCCAUCACCACCACCACCAACAACAACAGCGAGAAAGGAUAAAAACACAGAAAUUAGACUUGAAACCGCAUGAAAGCCAAUUAAUAUUUACAUUACAAAUGAGCAGAGAAUCUGAUCUAGAUUGGACAACAAUAUAUGAAGGACAAUCAAAUAUGCAUAAAGUGAAUCGUUUAUCUGAAUUUACAAUUUAUCAUUUUCGUGUUUGUGCUAUGAAUACAACAGGUUGUGGAUUGUAUAGUGACGUUCAAACAAUUCGUACUCAGAAAGCAUCACCACCAGCUGUACGAGGAUUGAAAAUUCUUGAAUUAAAUUCUGAUCGUUGUCAAUUAGAAUGGACUCCGGUUAAUCAGUUAGGCAUGGAUCCCAUUAUCUAUUUGUUGCAUUUACUUCCAGUCACAGCCAAUAUACAACAAUCAACCAAUUUAAAUCAGGUGUACAGAGGAAAUCAAACAGCAUGUCGUAUAACAGGUCUAAAUCCAGGCUCUGAAUAUGUCUGUCGAGUAUGCGCUGUUCGAUUGUGUCAGCCAACUGCCAAAUUACCUGUUAUUAAUAAUAGUACUACUACAUUUGAACAAGAGCAAUCUAAGGACGAUCCUAAAAUAGAUUCUUCUCAAUAUCAAAUCACUGAAUUGCCUGGACCAUUUUCUUCUGGUCUUCUAUUUACAACUCCACGUCUUACUAAAGAUAACCAAUUUGAUUCCACAUCAUCGUCAGUAUCAUCAUCACCAUCAGUAACAGUAUCAGCAAGUUGUCACCUAUUUAAACAAAAAGAUUCUCUUUCGUAUAAGCGAUCAAAUGGUUUGCUAAAAACGUUAUCCUCUCCAUAUUAUAUUAUUCGAAAUAUGAUCUCACGUAAUAGUAGUAAUAUUAGAUCGACAAGUGUCCACCCAAUAUAUGACUCAUCUAAUUGGACUACACUGCCAAAACAAGAUCAUAUUCAUUCAAAUCAAGUGAUUGCUACAGGUACUUUACCCAACUCCCUGUUGCAUAAUAAUAAUGUAUCAGAUAAACGCCGUAGUAUUCUACUCCAUACAAUGUCUUCAACAACAUCAUUAUCAGCACAGUCAACAACAAACUCCACAUCAUCAUCAUCACCAAGAAAUCAAUCAAAACAACAAUUAUCAUCACAUCACAAUUCGAAAAGAUCUCAUUCUCAUUGGUUUCGUUUUACUGAUACACAAUUAGCUUGUUUAUUACUAAUUCUAUUCAGUUUAGCAACAUUAUUAGUUGCAAUGAGUUUACAAUAUGUCUUGAAUGUACAUUUGAAAUUAUCCAAUCCUACAACAACAAGCAGCAGCAGUAGUAGUGAUAGCUUUUCAUCGAUGGAUUUAUCACCAUCAUCAUCUGAAUCAUAUGGGAUGAAAUUAAAACUCAAUCAUGAUAAGAUGCAUAACGAUGGCAGUUCAGUGUUUACUACUACGACUACUACGUCAAAAAGAACAAAUCAGAAUGUUCAUUCAUAAGUAAUUUUGAUCUUAUAUCUGUUGUUCACUAUUCAUAUAUAUAGUCAUUAGUGUGGAAUCUCUCCUGACUAUAUAGUUAAAUAUUUGUAAGGUUGUUGUUGUGUGUAUAUAUGUAGUGACGGUGGUGUAUAUGCUUUCUUCUUGAUGUAAAAAUCACAAACCUAUUCACUAUAUUGUUGAAAUUCAAGUAUAUACAUAAAUGUACAUAUAUACUUUUGUCUAAAUCUUAUCGUCAUUUCUUGUUAAUAAUGGAUUUAUUAACCUACCUCUUCUUUUUGUCUGACUUGUUAACUUGCCAAUUUUAUUCAUGUGCAUUAAAAGUUUAAUUAUGAAAUAAUGACAAUGGUUAUGAUGGCGGUGGUAAUUAUAACAAAUAAUGACAUCAUUAAUGUUUGUCUAUUUGUUUAUUUGUUAUUGUCAUCGAUACUAUAUUCAUAAAGAUUACGUAACCAUAAUACUUUCAUACAUCCUGACUAGUUAUAUUACUACAACAAUAUAAGCAACAUAUGUGUAUAUCAAACAACUGUGUAUAUCAAUUAUUAUUCUCAAUCGUUGUGUCUUAGAAGCUACGGAAAAAAUGUCGGAUGAUAGUAGACUAUACAUAUGGAGCUUUUCAUGUAUUUAUCUGUGCAUGUAAGAUUAUCGUAUCUGCAUUUAACAGUGACCAAGUUUUAUUUUCCUCUUGCAUACAUACAGAUUGAUUGGAAAUGACGUACACAAUAAUGAUAUACAUUCUUACACAGUCAUGUACACAUCAUAUAUACAUAAUAAUACGUAUAUAUAUAUAUAUAAAGAGAGAGAGAGAUUAGUAUGUUCAGACACGUACACUUUUCCGGUUCUUUCUUUUGUCCAUAAUGUUGUUUUGUUGUUUGCUUCAAAUUCAAUUGAUAUCGGUGAUCAUAAGUAUUUAAAACACAUGUACAUUUAUGUAUUCAUUCAUACAUACUUACUCUUUGUUUCUUUUCCUAUAGAAAUAUACAUUACCUGUUCAACAUAUAUAUAUAUACCUAAUGUCUUUCUUAUUUUAUAAUUGUAUGACCCAGUUUUGUUGUCACUGUUGUUUGUUAUGAUCUUGUUGCCUUUUUGUUUUGUCUCUUAUUUAGUCCUGUGUUCAUGUUUGUUGAUCAAUUUUGUUCCGAAAAUGAAACUUUACACACACACACACAAAAAAAGAUAUGACAUCCCAGCAUAUUAACCAUAAUAAUAAUAAUAACAUUAUUAUUACUAUUAUUAUUAUUAUUAUUAUUAUUAUUAUUAUUAUAGAUGUUUGCAAUUGUAAUUCCAAUAUAUUAAUGUUUAUUCACAUGACCAUUUAUUAUAAAAUUUCACUAACAUCAUGAUAGAAAUGAAAUGAUGAAUAUUUUUGUGUUCUCUAAAUAUGUGUAUCAUAAUGUUUAUUUUCUUUUUCAUUAAAUAUUUAAUGUUCUAAUUUUCUCAUAGUAUGUUACUUCUAUUCAAUAAGUAGUCUAUUCUUCUCUUUUGUAAUGAAUAAUUUGAACAACUAUGACUGACUUGAAUAAAUAAUCUCAAUAUACAUCUUAUUGAAUAUGCCUACAAACAGAAUUUCAUUUUUGUGAUCUUAUUUAAUAUAAUAUAAAUCUUGUAAUAUUUGGUACUUGAAUUAUUAUUGAAAUGGAUGAACACACUAGUAAUAUUGCACUUUUCUUAUCACUUUUUUGUCCAUUGUAAUUAACUUGCUGAACAAAUUUUAUGAAUAUCGUGUACUUCUUGAUCACCUCUUAUCUGGAAGUUUCCUCAAUUUUCAAUGAUUCUUUUCGAUUUUUUUUCUUGGUCAACUAACGAAUAUCAGUUGGAUAUAUUGUUCUUCAAUGUGUCCUCUCCUUAGUUUAUUCAUCUUCGUAACCUUGUACGUUGUGUUUGUCUAUCUAUCUAUCUGUCAUGUUUUGUCUUUCCAAUGAAAAUUCACCAUUCUGCUUCUGUACGCGUGUCUGUCUAUCUAUUGAUCAGCAAAGUAAUUUAUUAUUAUUAUUAUUAUUCGAUUCUCCAUUCAGGUUUGAUGGACGUGAUGAUUUAAAAAGUGUUAUUCUUCUUGAUUUUUUUUUGUCUUUUAUAUGGAUGGUUACAUUCAUCCAUAAAUUCGAUAAUUUUGUGUAAAUCUAAUGUAAUUUUUCCUGUUGUGUGUGUGUGUGUGUACGUACGUAUUCGAAUUUUGUUUGUUGUCAUGGUUUCAGUUUAAUUAUACCAGGGUUUAAGGUCAACUUUGUCGUGUAAUUUUUUUUGUUUUUUCAACCUCAUGCAUAUAACAUUUUAUUCAUUCAUAAGCUUAUUUUAUAUUUAUCUACUUAUUUAUUUAACUUAUCUCAAUUAAUUUGUUUUUGAUUUAUUCUUGUUUUUGGUAUAUAUAUGUUUUUCUGCUUCUGAUUUGAACAUUGCAAGAAAAUAUAUAAUUUAUUAUUCUGAAUGGAAACA